UAAACGUGUAUAAAAAUAUAUCAAUUAAUCAAAUGGUCAAUUCAGCAUUAAUUAGUAGAAAAAGUGAUAUGAAUUUAUAUUUGCAGUCAUUUUGUCGAUUUGGCCGCAAGUUUGAAGUUAUACUAAUUGUAUAGACAUGAGACUGAAGGAGCGGAUCCUUGUUUUACUAAUAUGUAUCACUUGUUGCCUCCUUUGUGUCUUCUUCGUGAUCACUACUCGACUACAAGACCCCGACAGCUACAGUCGUUUUAUCGGAGGUGUAAAUCUGAAUAAAUUGUCUGAAAGGGCAGCCCUUCCUCUAUUAAAUCAAAUCCAGAAACGAUUUUUAUAUAAACAUAUGUCUCAAGAGUUGGAACCAAACCAGAAACCACUUGAAGGACAACUCAAUACUAAUCCAUUGAACACAACGCAAGUCUCUGCCAAAUACAAAUAUUCGGAAAUAGAUAGUGAAAAGUCAACAAAUAAUAUAAUUAUUAAAAAAGACUUCAAUAAUAACCGAUUGGAAAGCAAUGCCUACAACCAUAUUGACGAAGACUUUACCGAUUUAUUACAUAUCAUUGCAUUGCAAACGAGAUCUGAUGAAAACAGCAAAGAAGAGUAUCCGAUGUUAGCGGAGGUGUUGGGGAUAAUACCUGAGACAAACCUGAGUUCAUGGGAAGUGUUUCAUUUGUCUGUACUUCAGAACGAACUUUACUCUGAAAUGGACGCAAACAUCAAAUCAAUUUUGAAUGACAUGUCUUCGCUACCAAUUAUUCACAUAACCCAGAAAGACGGAGGAACUCAACUAAAAUUGAUUAUUGAUUAUAUAAACGGAGGACAGGCUUUGUUUAAACCCAUGAGGUUUCCCAGAGAUCGAGAGACAGAUCCAAAUCACUUUUAUUUUACUGAUUACGAGCGACACAAUAGUGAGAUCGCAUCCUUUCAUUUGGAUCGAAUUCUUGGAUUCAGACGGUCUCCACCAGUAAUUGGAAGAGUUCUUAAUAUGAGUUCAGAGAUCUAUGAUUUGGCUGAUGAAGAACUACUCAAAACAUUCUUUAUAUCUCCUGCCAACAAUCUCUGCUUUCAUGGAAAAUGUAGUUAUUAUUGCGAUACCGCACAUGCAUUAUGUGGUAAUCCCGACCUAUUAGAGGGCAGUUUUGCCGCAUUUUUGCCAUCAAAAGAAUUGGCUCCAAGAAAAAUAUGGAGACAUCCGUAUAGACGAUCGUAUCAUAAGAGAAGAAAAGCUAUUUGGGAAACAGAUCCGACAUAUUGUGAUAAAGUGGUGAAAAAGACUGCGCCUUACGACUCAGGAAGAAGACUGUUAGACAUUAUAGAUAUGGCAAUACUUGACUUCUUUAUCGGAAAUAUGGAUCGACAUCAUUAUGAAACGUUCAAACACUUCGGCAAUAAUACAUUUCCGUUGCAUUUGGAUCACGGAAGGGGUUUCGGUCAGCCCUAUCACGACGAACUGUCCAUUUUAGCCCCAUUAACACAAUGCUGUGUCAUUAGACAAUUAACUUUGAAAAGAGUGUUGAGUUUUACACAAACAAAUCAAAGCUUAAGCAGAUUGAUGAGAGAUUCACUAUCGGCAGAUCCCGUGAAUCCCGUGUUAAGUGAGCCUAAUUUGGUUGCCUUAGACCGUAGGGUGAAAAUCAUAUUACAGUCGAUUCGUGAUUGCAUUUCUCAAAGACCAUCGGAAGAAGUCAUUGUUUUCGAUGAGUUUUAA